CUUUCCUUUCUUGCUCGUCACUCUUCUCGGUGCCUCCAUAUGGCCCGAGUCCCUGUCAGUCACAUACGGCCCGCCGGCGGCUCUCUGCGCUAUAAGCUGCUCUGAUAUGGCUGCGUCUGGUGGACAGUAAUAAUACCGUGCGACUCAAAAGAAAGAAAGACAGAAAAAGAAGAGGAAGACGCAGAAGAAGGGAAAGCGGCGCCGUGUGGGAAGGGAACGGCGUGCUGGAUGACAUAAGUGCGCUUCAUCAUAACGCUGGGAGCGUCUGAGAUCCUGUAGAAGAAGUGAAAGAAGAGGGGAAAGAGUGCGCGAGAGUGACAGAACGGAAAAGCUGCGAUCACCGGAAUGAUGAAGAGCAUCUGGAUCAUCUUUACCAUCGGACUGUCAGCUUUUCUUUCGGGAACCAGGAUAUGUGUGAAAGCCCUGAAUGAAGACGGCUACCUAGAAAACUGGCAGUCUGGAGAUGGGUGGUUCGAUGAUGAUGAUGAUGAAGAUUUUGGUUCCGGAUCAGGUUCUGACAUCUUUGUAGACCCAGGCAUCGAAAAUGUCACUGAGCACGCCGUGUUCUUAAUUCCUGGGACGCACCCCUCCCUGAGGUCUGGCAAAGCAGCCGUGGCCCAGGAAGAGAUGCUUACGUUCAGGACUCUCAGGACAGAGACCACUGUCCCUCCCACAAAGAACCCGCUCAGGAGGAAUGGGGCCCCAGGAAGCAGCAGCAGCCCUAAUCUCUAUGGGGGGGACAAAGUAAGCUCAGAAAGCCUCUUCCAGAGAACAGAAGUCCUGGCAGCUGUCAUCACAGGUGGAGUCAUCGGCCUCGUCUUCGCCGUCUUCCUCGUGCUGCUGCUGGUUUAUCGCAUGAGGAAGAAGGACGAGGGCAGUUACGAGCUGGGAGAGCGGAAACCGACCUCUGCGGCCUACCAGAAAGCCCCCACCAAGGAGUUUUAUGCAUGAACUAAAAGCGUAGCAUCGGCAUAUCAUGAAAUCUUUGAUGCUGACGGAUAAUUUUUUAACAAAUAAUGGUUGGUGAUUCCUUAAUGUAAUUUGCUGUACCUUAUACCUUCUGAUCAAAGGGCUUAUUUUAUGUCCAUGUAUUUCAUUUGAUAUAUUACAUUAACAGCUAAAAAAGAAAAGACCUUAAUUUUAAUCAAUAUUAAUCACAAAGAAAUUAACCAACUCUUUUUAGGGUGUUUAAAUGAGAGGGCGAGCCUAUGAAUUCAUCUUUCCGUGGUUCCUUUUUAUAGGCAACUCCAUGGUAUAUCUGGGAUUGCUGAGAGGUAUUUUAUUGUCUGUUUUCAGCCUGGUCACUUGCCUUUAAUGUAGUUAAUGGGGCUGUCGUGUCUAAUGUUCAUUCAGAUAUUAAGAAAUGUAUGUAUCGCCCCCCCCCCUUCCAGCUUUAAAAUCACAUACAAUUCUUGCACAGAGCUGAAUACAAAAUUCAGCAUUUAUAUCAGAUAUUUAAUAUAAGAAAGCUAAGAACUAAAAAGAUGGUAUGGACGUCUUGUACUUUUUUACGGCUCUCCCCACACAAUGACUCGUUUUUAUGCAAAAAUGGCCAAAAUAAAUGUUGAAGAACUCCCCUUUUCACAGUUCCGAAUGUUGCCAAAGUAAAAAUUUUUUUCGAACUUUCUGUGUUUUUAACUUUGCCUUUGUUAACUAUAGCAGUAAAGUGAACAUAAGUGAACCCUGUACAUUGAAGUUGUGCAGUAGCACCUAAUUUUGUUAAAGCUUUUUGAAUAUAGUCACUGUAUUGAUGUGAUAUUUCCGUAGGACAAGCGCAUUGUGUUUCAGUCUAAAAUGCACUCACAAACUGACUGUCUGAUUGGCAUUUAUGCACUUGCAGUUCAUAGUGACACUGCAGUAAGUUCAAUAAAUUCAUUUUUAUUUUCAGCCCCGAAGCUUGAUUGUUCGUAAAAAGAAAUGUGCAAAACUAUAUUUGCAAAUGUCAUAAGCUCUUAAAAGUGCCUUCCGUUCUCAAAAUGUGCUAGUUCCUGUUUGAAUAUGGCAGACAAAGUUUGAAAGCAGACAGUAUCUGUAUGAGUAAUCUGAAACACUACUGAAUAAACAUUGUGGCCUGUAA